UUUAAAAACAACAAAAAAAGAGGUUGGACACGUAGGGAAGGGAAAUGACUUUGGGUUUAUCAACAAAUACAAAUCCGGGGUCCCCUCUCCUGCACUUCGUCUGGCAUUCUUUCUACUCUGCCAGCGCGACCCCGAGGGGCGCCACUACCCCUCCACCUUUCUACCAGGGGGUCCUCCAGCCUCUCUUCUCGCUUUCCCGGCCACGGUGCCCCUCCACCUCCGACGGCUCCAGUUUAUCAGCUCCGUGGGCCCAGAUGUCCCGCCCACAUCAGGCUUGGGCUCCGCCCCAGUGUCCCAAGACCCCGCCUCCCCGUGGUUGGGGGAAAUGCCCCUACUCUAGGCCUUUCGGUUUGCGCGGGCGGGCCAGCUUGCCGCGGGGAGAGUGAGAGAUCUCAAAGCCGCUCACGAUGGAGGAACUGGAGCAAGGCCUGCUGAUGCAGCCGUGGGCAUGGCUACAGCUUGCUGAGAAUUCCCUCUUGACCAAGGCUUAUAUCACCAAGCAGGGCUAUGCCUUGCUGGUUUCAGAUCUUCAACAGGUGUGGCAUGAACAGGUGGACACUAGUGUGGUCAGCCAGCGAGCCAAGGAGCUGAACAAGCGCCUGACUGCUCCUCCUGCAGCUUUUCUUUGUCAUUUGGAUGAUCUGCUUCGCCCAUUGUUGAAGGACACUGCUUGCCCUGGCAAAGCUACAUUCUCCUGUGAUCAUGUGGCAGAGGCGCUGAUACUCCAGGUGCGGAGUGAGCUCUCUGGUCUCCCAUUCUAUUGGAAUUUCCACUGCAUCCUAGCUAGCCCUUCGCUGGUCUCCCAACAUUUGAUUCGUCCUCUGAUGGGCAUGAGUCUGGCACUGCAGUGCCAGGUGAGGGACCUAACAACAUUGCUUCGUAUGAAAGAUCUAGAGAUCCAGGACUACCAGGAGAGCGGGGCUACACUGAGCCGAGGUGUCUCUGGGUGUUGCAUCUUUAUCCUCUUUCCCAAGAAGUCCUGGGCUCUGUUCCCUUUCCCACUCACAGUCCUGGGCACAUGCUCUUCCCUCUGGAAACCUCCUGCCAACCGUCAGCAAAACCUUCUCACCUGGAUGACUCCUGUUAUUGUUUGGAUUUCAGUGAAGAUGUCAUUUCCUCCAGGGAAUUUUCCCUGGCCCUCUGAGUUCAGGCCCUAUCAACACUGCAUUGUACUUACUGGUUUUUCUGGCUCCUUCCACUACAUGAAACUACCAGAGGCAUGCAGUGUUGGUGAUGGGAAACCCUUUGUCACAAAUCUACAGAGUCUGUAUAUGGCAGUCACCAGACAAGAGAUCCAAGUGGGACAGAAGCUUCAAGGCACUGGAGAUCCCCAGAUAUCAAGCAGUGCUUCCUCACAAGGAACUGAUAGCCAACUUCUGAAUCAGCCAGAAGAGCCGGUCUCCUCAGCACCAUCCCUCCCAGUGCCUGAAAAAGAGCCCACAGUUACUUCAGGCCCUAUGCAGAGACCUCAGCUGUUGAAGGUCAAGAGGAAGAAGCUAAGGGGGCUCUUCAGUUAACCUGUCACUGUCUCAACUGCUGAGGAUGGACUCGGAGAGUAGUUUCAUAGUGUCACCUUGAAAGGAGGUCCUGUGACAGCAGCAUCUCUGACACAGUUACACAGUCAGGGACUCCACUGUAAGGGCAAGAUAACUGAAGUUCAUGUUGACAGGCAUGGAUACUGUUAACUGAGGGAAUCCUGGCUCCAAUCCAUCGGGCACUGGCCUUCCCUGUCCGAGUGGAAGCCAGUCUCUGGGAAUCCCAUACCCUCCUUUCUUUUGGUGAAGGUUCUCUAGACCCAAGAUCUACCAUGGACUUUAGGUAUAUGGGGCAGGUCUUCAAAAAGGCACAGCAUGCUUCGAAAGCCUUGUCUACCUUUCUUAAGAGUCCCUAGCCAGUCCUAGGUGUUCCUCAGAGACCCUCUCCUCUCUUUAGCAUGGAAUAAAAAGCACUCACACUCUCCUG